AUGGCCCGUACGAAGCAGACCGCCCGCAAGUCGACCGGAGGCAAGGCGCCUCGUAAGCAGCUGGCCACCAAGGCCGCGCGUAAGAGUGCGCCUGCCACCGGUGGCGUGAAGAAGCCGCAUCGUUACAGGCCCGGCACCGUGGCGCUUCGUGAAAUCAGGCGUUACCAGAAGAGCACCGAGCUGCUCAUCCGCAAGCUGCCUUUCCAGCGUCUUGUCCGUGAGAUCGCUCAGGACUUUAAGACCGAUCUGCGCUUCCAGAGCUCCGCCGUCAUGGCUCUGCAGGAGGCUAGCGAAGCGUACCUGGUGGGUCUUUUCGAAGACACCAACUUGUGCGCUAUCCAUGCCAAGCGCGUGACCAUCAUGCCCAAGGACAUUCAGUUGGCUCGCCGCAUCCGCGGAGAGCGUGCUUGA